CUGCCAUAUACCUCCCCAGCCCGCCGCAGCGGCCUAUGCUCGACGUAGGUUUUUCUUUCUCCUUUGGAGCGGUGACGGACUGCGUUUCCUCCCCUUUUGCCUCUCUCCCUCGAUGGUCAGAGCAGGGCCAGCCGAGGACUGGGUAUUUCUGCCCCCUCUCCUUGGCAAGGUGGUUCCUAGCCGUCUGACCUUUGCUCUGCUGCUGCAUUUUAUGCUGUGCAACUGCCUUGCAGUUGCCUCUUCCUUCCCCGGCCUCUGCAGGGCCGAGGAUCCUUGGCCACCCUGUGCCUCCCUGUCCCCCGGUAGCUAGGUGUGCCAGGCCCCGGGGCCCCCGGGCCGCGCUAGGGCUGUGGUAGGGGCUGAAGGUGCGUUUACAUAACGCCAGGCGUGUGGGAGCCGGAGGAAGAGGUUGCAAGCUUAGGAGAGAGAAGGCUCCCACUUUCCCUCCUUCCUUCUUGGUGGUACCAGGCUUUGACAUCACCGGGAAGAGAGGAUACAGACGGUACGUUCUGAAAUACUGUGAAUCGCCAAAGCUCCGGGGGCAGUGAGCAGGGUGAGGGCGGGUUGGGCCAGCCAGGGCAGCUGGAGCUUGGUUCCAUCACUGGGGCCAGGGCCGUGCCCAAUUCCCCCUCCAUGCAGACGAUCAGAAAGCAUUUAGACAGUAGCUACUCUUGUGCAAGAAGACGGUUUCUCAAUUCUCUUUGAUUGGGGGCUGGGGGUUGUGGGCAGAAGAGGCAAGACAGAUGGAAAAAUGGUUGCAUGGCUUGAAGGGCUGAGGCAUGGACUAGAGAGGCGAAAUGGGCCAGAGGCGCUGGAUGGUAGGCAAAGGGGAGUGCUGCUGGCUGCCUGUUUCCCCAGCUGCUGGGUGGGCAUCCAUGUUGCCAGGCCUGGGUGCAGGCAGGAGGCUGCUUUCUGGCGCAGCAAGGCUCCUGGGAGCCCCCCUCCCACCCCCAGGGUGGUUAGUGCUGGACAUAAGGUGUAUGUUCAGUAGGGCACCCAAACCUAGUGGCUUCUCCCUCUUUCCUGCCGCCAGAUCAGUGGCGUGAUUCUCUCCAGUUUGGGGAGAGGCCAGACACCCUAGAGGCCAGAGAACCUGCGGAGGGGCCACAGCAGGCGCAGGUCUGGUUAGCUGACCAAGGCUCUCAGGGAUUCAAAGCUGGAAGGUGAAAGGCCCAGAGCAGUUGGGAAAUGUGGGUUUAUCAAUCUCCUAAUAAGCUCGGUUUGGCCUAAGGCCCUAUCCAGUAUUGCACUGGUGGAUUUCACAAUGUUUAGAGUUCUCCGGAUCUUCACACAAAUGGAGCAUAAACAUCUGAAAUUUCUAGCUUUUUUCCUUAGUGCGUGUGUGGGGCUAGGAAAGGGAGGGCUGUAGCUGGGGUCUCUCUCUCUCUCUCAGGAAAUUGUAGAGAUGUCCAGUGCAGUUGCAUUUCCCUCUCUUCCCAUCCCUUGGGAGGGUCCUCAUGUGCAGCAAGCUCUAGACUAACCCUAACUGAACAGUGCAUACACUGAACAGCUGAGCUGCGUGGCUGGCACUGGCGGGGGUGGGGGUGGUAGAGGGGAGGCAUUUUGGUAGCAGAUUUCUGAGAUCUCAAUGCACAGAUAUUGGUCAGCUACCAUGACAGACACUUUAAAGAUGUCUGUUGGUUAUCUUCCGCUUUAGAUUCUGAACUCAGGAGUCAUUCCAUUUUCAUGGGGUAUAAAUGCUUACCUGCCCUUAGCCCUCCUACCCAGCCCUAUGACCUUUUCCAGAUUACCCUUUGAAAUGGCAGCCUCUCACCGAAUAAAGCUUUGGUUGGAGCUGGUGGUAGAGACAGAACACAGAAUAGAACAGGGCAGAGGCUGGGGGCUAGUGGGCCUUUGGAACUCACAGAUGUCAUUUUUAUCUGCAUCCUUCCAGAAUCGCUGGAGAGAUGUGGCUCUUUGGAAAUCUGCCUUCUGCCCAGUUCAUACCUCUGAGCCUCUACUUUGGUAAACCUGACAUUGCAUAUGCCCAGAAAUUUUGCUGACUUUCUUGAAUAACAAAUGGUGGUAGUCUUGUAGUGCAAAAUUUUAAAGUAAGAGAUUUAAAUAAAAGUAAGGGAGAAAAAAACCCAUUAACACCUCCCAAAGUAGGCUUUGAGGUAUGUUGCUGUGGGUUCAAUAUUUUGGGAUUACAAGUGGGGAUUCCAUUUUUUCAAUGCUAACGGUCCCUUGGUAUGAUAUUUUAAGCCCACAGAUUUGGGGCCCCCAAUCAUUUUUCUCAACUCUGGCCAAUCCUGUUAGGUAGGGCCUGGGUAUUGGUACCAAGAAGGCCUAGGAAGGAGCAUUCCUCUUUAUUCAGAGAAGUUCAUUAUUUCUUUUAGAAUUAUAGUGUUUCAUUUGGUUUUAAAUUCAGAGUGUCUGUCAUCUGGUCCCUACUGAGUUGGAAGUUCCCUUGUGAUAACAACCUAGAUAAGGGUUCUUGCCCAAACCUUCUGGAUUUGGGGAUAAUGUUGAAAAUUUGGGGGUUCAGAUGUAGAUAUGGCAGAGUUUUAAAGGAAGGGAAAUGGCAAGAGUGGAGAAGGUUCUAUAUCAUGGCCAAUCUGAAUCUGCCUGCCAGAGGGGAAAACAGUGACUCAUUAGAAUAUGUUUGCUCUUUCAGAAGAGUCAGAGGAAGAAAGUGAUGAAGAACAACAUAUGGAAGCUAUAUUGCUCCUUCCAGACUGAGCCAGGGGCCAGGGCAGAGCAGUUGAGUGGCUAGGCAAACCUGCAAAGUGCGGCUUUAGUUUACCCAUCUGCAGAACAGAGAGAACAAACUCCUCCCAAGGGGCCAGGGGGGCCAGGAGGGCUGCUAGUGAGUGACCAGGAUGAGGGCCACAGUCAUGGUUACUACUGAGCUUCUAGGAGGAGGGCAUGAUUUCAAGGGUGCCCCUUCCUACACAGGAGGUAUGGACUGUUACAUGAUGUUAGGAAGUGGGGUAUUCUUGGCUCUCGGGUCUGGGGCCACCCUGCAGAUCCGGACAUCUGACAAGACCUGGGGAAUGUAUCCAGGCCGUGUGGCUAGGCUUAAGAGGCUCCACAGUUCAGCUGUGAUCACGAUUGUUCUUUCCAAGGACAGACCCCAGUCAGUGAAGGAAGCAAGGGCACUGGGGACCGAGCACAGAUGUGCUGGAUCCAACAGAGGGAAGGGGCCCUUCAGGCAGGUGGCUACUUGCAGAAGUAUAGUUUCCCUUGUGGGUAGUCUUUCUUUUUCUGGUGGGGGAAGGGGAAGUCAUUUCCUGCCCCUGUUCCAGGAGUAAGCUAAAAUCUAUUACUGGAAGUUCAUUUCUUGGUGGAAGGUAGCGAGACAAAUAAUAUGAUUUCGGCGUCUAUGGGAGAAAGCCCCUCCCCUGGGGGUCUGGAGUUACCUAGACUUUGACUUGGGCCAGUAGUUUCCAAACUGUGCCAGUGGUAGCAGGCUCCUUCUAGCUCCCAUCGUGUCUGACUCUUGGCUUCUAAUCCCCUCUUUACUGGGAUCUAAGCGUACAACAAUUAAGGGGGAGAGGGUAAUACAAUGAAGGCAGAAAUUUGAAGCUGAUUAAAAUAGCCCAAAGGCAAAGUGCAGCAAGACACCCACCCAUCCCUGUGUUGGGGCUUUGAGGCUCAGCUAGUUGGUUGGGGAAGAGGGUUGGGAACUGAUAACUGGUGAUGGGACAAAGUGAUGAAAAGCAACUGUUUUCUUUUGUGAUCUCUGACAGAUCUUGGCCCGAGGUGAGCUCCUUAGUGCUGGGGCUGGUGGAGGAGGAAGGAUUCCCAGACAAAUCCAGCUGCCUAAAUGCCUUAUUCUCCCACUGGGGCCUUUCUCAGCAGAGAUUGUCUUCCUCCAUGGGGUGUGGGGAGGGGCAAGUCCCUGGCUUCCCUCACAACCACCGCACCUUUAAAAAUUCCUUUUAAAGCAGUAAGUCAUCACUUGGUUGUAGCUUAAUUAUCUAAACUGGGGUGUUGUCACAAAGAACCAAGCAAUAGCUGUGGGAGGGCUCUUUGGCAGCUAAGGGACCUUUAUCCUGAGAUGUUAAAGGGUUAAACAACCUUCACUGAAGGAUCCCGCUGAGCCUGAAUGGGGCAGAGCAGAAACUGCCCAUUCAUUCAGAGCCUCUCACAAGUGUGUCAUUAGCUGACCUGUAGUUUUCAAAGUACAACUGUCAGCUUUUCCCAGCUCCCCUCCCUAGGGUAAGUCAAGGGGAGGGUGUGGAUGGGUGGGAACAGAUAUCUCCCUCAAUUGUGCGGACAUUUAACCUGCCUCUUGACCCUUUUCGGCCUGUACUGAGCUGUCUGCAGCCAGUGCUCAGCCCCCUCCCCACCGGUGCAAACGCACUGAGUGUCAGACUGGCUGGCUCUGGGAUCCCAGACCCGCCAAGCAGCAAAUACAGGGCUGAGUGCUCUGGGGUUUUUAAUAUCCUGCCAAUUUAGUAUUCUAGGAUGCUGUUCUUCUUGCCCCAGCUCCUUCCUUCCUCAGACCUGGGCCAGGAAGCCCCAUCAAUGAAGGUGCCCUGGGGACCCUUAAGUUCAACUUGACAGGUGGGGAGGAGAGGGGAUUCUUUGGAGGGACUGCCUGGUAAUGAACUACAAGUGAGACCCAUUUAACUUUAAGAAAACUAAAAAUGGAAACACUUAGUAAAGGAAAGUGAGGUGACAGAAGGGAUGGCAAAGAGCACUGAAUUGGGAGUGAAGGUCACUAGAGCUGAGCCUUCUCUGAGUGACAGAGGUUGCAGUGUCCCACUACCCCAACCAUCACUGUCCACACUGGAAAUUCCCCUCACCCAGCUCCUGUGUGCUGUGAGCCCUGUCUGGCUUUGCUUCCCUGCUGGGGGCUUGCUGAAGAGUUCAUGGUUGUAAAACUGAUUGGAGCUUUCCUGCUUCUUCAUGAACACCAGAAGCUAUCAAGGGCUUCUGCAAGUCACUAUAAGUCAUAGGUCUGUAUGGGUGAGGUUCCAGCCUCUGGAGCACCUGCUGUCUGGGUUCAAAUCCUGCCCUGAUAUUUGCGAGCUCUAUGACCCUUCAUGCUGCCAUUUCUUCCUCUGCAGAAUGGGCACUAUCUCCAGGUGUAGUGAGGAUUACAAGAGAAAAUAAAUCAAUGAGGACUUAGGACAGAGCCUGGCACCAAGAAAUGUUUCUUAAAUAUUAGCUGCUUCCAUAAUUAUUACUUAUUAUUAUUAGAAGGUUGAGUGGAGUUAAAAGUUCCUUCCCUCAUGCUAAUCCAUAAAAGAGUGCCACCUAAAAUUUGAUAGAGGUGCUUCUUUGGCUAAGUGGAAUGCUGGCUUUGUUUCUCUGUCCAGAGUCUUCCAAAUUGGCCAUCAGUCUCUUCCAAACUGCUUAAAUGAGGCAAAGCCUCCUCUCUCCAAUUUAUAUUAUAAAUCUCUUCCUUCCUUGCAGGGGAAGCAGAGAGUACAUAUUAAACUGCACUUAAGAUUGUCAGCGUUGCUCAGACUGGAAGGUGGGUGUGUCCCAGUGAGUAGAGAUUGAUCAGUCUAAACCAACUGAGAGUUUUCUUUCUUUUUUUUUGAGACAUCAUUUAGCUGUGCUGAGGGGUUAUCAAACAGGCAGCUCAGGAAGUUGUUCUCCUUUGUCAGCCAAAUAAAUUCAUCGGAGGCUCUUAGAGGGCCCUCCUGUGGAGGGUUCUUGUUAAUGGGAAGGUGGGGCUAGUGGGACUGGGGCCAGCCAUUGGUUUUCGCUGAGACCUGCAUCAGGGCUCCGCUCAGAUCGGGAAGAUACAUCUUAGGUUGUGCCUGCUGGAGCCAUCGGAUGCUGCACCUCCCAAGAGAGCCAAGUCAUCGUGGGCCAAGCUCCCACCCCCACGUCUGGCCUCAACUGCAGGUUCAGAUGUUGACAGCUGCCUCUGGGGGUGAUGGGAGCCUGCUCACGCCAACAACAUCCCAUUGUCUGCAGCGGCUGCUCCCACCCUGGCUUCCUGGUGGGACUUUUCCAUGGAUUGAGGAAUCUGCUUUGUGAUUCCAGGGUCUAUUACAAUCCCUGAGCCAUGGCCCAUUCUUUUUGCUUCAGCUGUAGGAAAUGUGGCUGUUUUUAAAGAACCCCAGUCCCCAGUAAAUGAGCUGGGGAAAGGAGAGUGGAUAAUCUGCUUCAGGGAGAGGAGUACUUUUACUUUCUCCAACUACAUGGGGCAAUGUGAGUCUCAAACUGCCACUGACAUUUUGGUGGCAGGACCUCAAGUAUUCCUGACCUGGGUUUCUGGAAUAAGGGAAUCAUGUUGUUUUUCUCCAAGGGGUGAGGGUUCUGGAUCUGUGGCAUUUUCUAGUCUUACUCUGAGUCACUUUUUCUCCAGGCAAAAUCCCCAGGGCUGGGACCUGGGGCUCCUAACCCUAGUCUGUUGAUCCCAAACUCAUUUAUUCUAGAAGCAAGGCCUUGGGGCCCCCAUGCAGAAUAAGUGGGCAGGCUGAGGCAGCUUGCCCUGGAUUCAGUUCCUGCCCUGUCACCUGCCUGAUCUUUAGAAAAUCUCCUCUCCAUACAUGCAUGCUUGCCUACAGUCCCUCUCUCCAGCCCGGACCAUAGGGUCCCUGCUGAAGGGAAAUGACUAUUUGGUGGCAGACCUGCCAGACACUUAAAGCAAACUCUGCCAUGAGUAAGACUCCCAUUCCAAGGCAAUGCUCUGGUUUCGUCUAAAGAGAGCAUGGGGGCAGGCACUGCUACUAGGUGGAUUUUUUCCAAGUCAGGAAAAAUGUGCAUAAAGAAAAUCCAGCAUCUUUUAAGUAGGCAGGGCUGCAGGAGCAAAGCCAAUACUUGGUGCCCUAUGUGAAUGCCUGGGAAACACCAGUUUACUAAGCAGUGACCCUUGUAGGAAAGACUGGGUGCUUUUUGCAUUUGGCAGUGGAGAUGAUGUAUAGAUGACAGCUCUGUGGAUAAGCCCCUUUUUUAUCCCUUUCAUGAGCUUUCAUCUAGAGCUACCUCUUUAUUUUAGACGUGCACCUACAGAAGUUCUUUUUCCCAACAAUUCUAACUGUAUCUGAUCAAACUUAUCUCCACAUGGGGAAGUACAACACUGAGUUGCUCCAGAUGUUUUUAUUUUUCCUCCAGGUAUUAUAGACAUUUACAAGGAUGGAUGAGUCCCAAGGGGCCAGGGUGUCAUUCUCCUGUGACUCGAAUAUUGGGAUGGGCCAAAUGUGUCCUGAGUCCCAGGGGCGAGGGGGUUAACUGGAAGUGGAAACCUACCCAUAUCCCCUGCUCAGACAGCACCUUUGAGGCCAGAUGAACCUACCAGCAUAGGGGCAGGAUCAGCUCUCCUAAUUAGGAUAUUGAAAAAGCAUUUUAUGGAAACCCCACCUCAUAACACGGGCCCCUAGAAGCCUGUUUCUCCGUGCAGCCCAGGACCUCCAGCUCCAUGGAGCCCCCGAUCCCACAGAGCACCCCCUUGACUCCUAGCUCAGUCAUGGUCCAGCCCAUUCUUGAUAGCCGGAUGCCCCACAGCCGGCUCCAACACCCACUCACCAUCCUGCCCAUUGACCAGAUGAAGACGAGCCAUGUGGAGAACGACUAUAUAGACAACCCCAGCCUGGCCCCCACUGCUGGCCCGAAGCGGACCCGGGCUGGGGCUCCAGAGCUGGCCCCCACACCCGCCCGCUGUGACCAAGAUGUUACUCACCACUGGAUCUCCUUCAGUGGACGCCCCAGCUCCGUGAGCAGCAGCAGCAGCACAUCCUCUGACCAGCGGCUCCUAGACCACAUGGCGCCACCGCCUGUUGCCGACCAGGCCUCGCCGAGGGCUGUGCGCAUCCAGCCCAAGGUGGUCCACUGCAAGCCUCUGGACCUCAAGGGCCCGGCGGUCCCACCCGAGCUGGACAAGCACUUCUUGCUGUGCGAGGCCUGUGGGAAGUGUAAAUGCAAGGAGUGUGCGUCCCCCCGGACGUUGCCCUCCUGCUGGGUCUGCAACCAGGAAUGCCUGUGUUCGGCCCAGACCCUGGUCAACUACGGCACGUGCAUGUGCCUGGUGCAGGGCGUCUUCUACCACUGCACCAACGAGGACGAUGAGGGCUCCUGCGCCGACCACCCCUGCUCCUGCUCCCACUCAAACUGCUGCGCCCGCUGGUCCUUCAUGGGUGCCCUCUCGCUGGUGCUGCCCUGCCUGCUCUGCUACCUGCCCGCCACCGGCUGCGUGAAGCUGGCCCAGCGCGGCUACGACCGCCUGCGCCGCCCUGGUUGUCGCUGCAAGCACACGAACAGCGUCAUCUGCAAGGCAGCCGGCGGGGAUGCCAAGGCCAGCAGACCCGACAAGCCUUUCUGACGCUUUGGGUCCAAGCUCCGGCGCUGCUCCUGGAAACGGGGUUUCCUUCUGACACCUGAGAAGACUGCAGCCGGACCAGAGGUUGUGUCCUCCUGCCGCUGCCUUGCUGGUCUGCCCCCUCCCCACCCCCAGCUUCGGAGGAUAGAGACCACCGCCACGUGCUCUUCUCCCCAAGAGGAUGAAGCAGCACUUUGGGGUUUUUUCAGGGUCUUGGAACUUUGUGUCAAACAGACCAUGGCAGGGGCGGGGUGUGGUUUGUGGUGGGGGAGGAUUUUUUUUUUUUUUUUCAGAAGACGGAACACAGAUGUGGACAUAUCUCCGGAAGUUGCAGCUGCUUGAAUGGCUUCCCGGCCCCUCCUCCCCCUUCCUUUCUCUCUCCCUCUUUCCAUUGUCUGUGGCUCUCGGAGGAGCCGGCUGCCCGGGAAGAAUUGCUAACUGAGGCCAGGGUACCUUUGAAGAAGACGAUCUUGUUGGAGUCUUGACUUCUAUACCUUCUCUUUCCCUCCUCACUCCGCCCCAGCUCGCCCCGGCCUUUCGGGGAAGGGGCAGAACACCCCAGCAGUCCUUGCUGUACAUACCUGGGAGCCCACUGGGGACAGAGGACAGCCCGUGAGUCCCAGCCAUGUUUCACCUCUCCUGCCCCUCCGCAGCCCACAGGACGGAAGUAGGAGCCACUGCGCAAGCGCAUCUCUCCCUUCCAGCUCCGUCACCAACUCUCGCGGGAUGUUCCGUUCGUCACACCGUCCUUCGGUUCUCACCGAGUCACCUGCUCGCCUGCCCGCUACGUGUCCGAGUUCUCUCUACUCAGAUCCUUUCCAGAAACUCCGUGGGUAGAGAAGGCCAGGGCGACAAACGCGAGACCAAAUAUUAUUUUGCCAAUGAGUCUGAGGCUGUGGUCUCUGGAUCCAGUCGUUAUGUUUUUAUAGAAUAAUUAAACCAGAUGCUAACGGUGUUUUAAAAAAUAAUAAUAAUAAUACAACAACUUGCUUCCUUUUGGGCCACCCCCAGGAAGGGCUGAUUUCAAAAUCUGGGGGGACGAGCAACCUCAAGGAACAUAGUUCCCUUCCCCACCAAGAAGAGGAUUUUAACAGCAAGGAAGAGAGGCGGCACCUCCCAUUGGCAGAAUGAAUGGCAGUCGAGCCGAGCCGGCUUUGGGUUUCUUCUCUUCCGAUUCUGCUGCUGCUGUCAUAGCCUUUUGUGUAUAGUGAUGUGUCUGUAUCUUUAAUGUACAUAGAGAGAUGAAGAAAAAAAGAGUCUAUUUUAGUUUUAGGAAGCCCCAGUGUUGGGGGGAAUGUCAGAAGAGCUCAAGACAGGGUGGGGUAAAGAUUCUCCAGGGGACACUGGGGACAGAGCCCUGCUUUUAGUGCUUAGCCACACCACCCUCUCCCGACAGCCCCCAAAGACGUAGCAACUCUUUCUCUCAAGGUGCUAAAGGACUCAGAAAGUGCAGCACGUCCAGUGGGUAGGUACUUGUUGCAUGCAAACGCUGUAGUGUGUCUGGUCCUUCCUCCCCAGCUGUGGUGUGGGGUUUUCGCUUUGUGUGGUAGUUUGCUUUCCCCUCUCUCGAGAGGACAUGGCCUGGGGCGCAAGAGCUUCCCCAGGCGAGACUGGAAGUGCAUGAGGCGCUUCUGGUUUGUUCUGUAGGCACAGAACCUCCUCCAGGGAGGAGGCGAGGAGGCAGGUAGCUGUGAUCGGCAUGCACCCAAUGCUUCUCCGGAACCUUUUUUUUUUUUUUCCUUCUUGAAGACUAGUAGUGUAACACCUUAUGAUUUAGAAUAAGUUAAUUGUAACCAUAGGUAUUUAUUGAUUGGAGGAAGGGAGGGUCAUAUUAUUUCCGGCUUUAUUUAUGUAACAUUUGCUAGCUUGUAAAAGGCGAAUGUGAAAUAUCGCAUCUGCAUUUUCUAAGGCUGAUUCAUAUAGCUCCCCUUGCCACGUUUGUGAUGGAUGUAUGGAUGUUCUUGAAUAUUUCGGAAGGAAUAGUAGAAGAAAAAAAAAACAUAUUCAGCCAACCACUUAUACUAAUUGAAUGUAUCAGAAGUGUACUGAAGGACUGGCGUGAUGUUUCCUCAGAUGAGGUGGCCCCAAGACGGCAGCGCACAUGUGCACUCUUUCCUCCAGGCCGGGACUCUUCCCAGGGCCCCUCCCUCGAAUCGUCUCCGUGGGAAACGACCCAGUGGCAAGUUGCACUUUGGUGAUCUUGGUGGUCUACACACCCAUUCUGUGGAGAAUUGAUUUAUAUAAGCUGUGUAUGCACAUACACAACACACACAUGACCCUCUACCGACAAAGACCCUGUUUCCCUCCAGACAGCCUCCUGAACCCUGACAUUUUGUGUACAUAGUUGUAAACACGGAUUUUUCCCUGGGUUUUGGUUUGCUUUUUUUCUUUCUUGCCCUCUCCCCUCUCAUUUAGGCUUGUUCUCUUUGGUUUGCUUUCCUGCUGCUGCGGAGAUGCUGCAGCUCUCUCCCUCACACACCCCCUCGUGCCUCAUGUGCUCGGUGGUGAAGGGAAGGAGUGAGGGGACCCUCUCUGGUUCCCCCAGCUUCUUGGCAAAAAAGAAAGAAAGAAAGAAAAAAGCUGGCUUAUUCAUGGACCCUCCCAGCCCCUGGGGCCAGUCGAGGGAGCAAGCACUCAGAGACCUACCCCAUUUCUCUAGCUGCUUCUGGCUAUUUUCCUCCGUACCAGUGGCUCCCUUGGCUGGAUUAUGCCUGGUCUUGACCUUUUGUGAAAAGCACCAAGCUGGUCCCCACUACUGCUCCCCCUGGGAUGGGGGGGGCGGGUUCUGCCUUCACUGGGAGUGAGGAACCAAGCCUAGAUCCAGACCCCUCCUCCUAGGGGGCCCCGACUGGCCCCCCCGCACCUGAGGACGGGCAUGUGGAGGCUGCAGUCCAGCAGGCACCCAGGCAUCUGGGUCAGGAUAGAAAAGCUCUCUCAGAUGAAUGGCUGGGCACAGUCAAGGCUUCUCAGAGUGCUGAGUAGGCAGGGCAUGAAGACCAAGUCCUUUCCAUCACUGUGGCCCCUUCACAGCUGACGGAGGCCGAAGACCUCAUAGGGCAUCACUCGUUCUUUCAGCCUUAUGAAGUCUGCAUCCAAGCCAUUGUACCUUGAGUGUGGUGAGGCCCAGCUAGAUAAUGGCUUGUCCAAGAUUGUACAUGUGAAAAGUGUUGGUCUGGCCCGGGACCCAGAUGACUGUCACUUUGAAGUGUUCUGUGCUGCCCCAGGAAGUGUGUGAUCCGGUGUGUAAGCAGCACAACGUCACACUGUACCACUCACUAGGGCAGGGUGUCCUGCGAGCUCCACACCCUUCGGGUUCAUGCCUCUGAUAAGCACCUUCACACCCUCCCUGCUGACUGUGACAGCCAUGACGGAGCUUCAGUUGCCAUUUUUUGCUGUGGGUAACUGCGUGAUGUGCUGUGUCUUAUCUUGCUUUCUCUGCUCACUGCCCCUCGGUUCGGUUUCAUGUUACAAACAGAAAAACUGCUCCAGGCUCCCCCCCAUUCCUACUUCAUCUCCCCCCUCCACCCCCGUCACUGUAGCCCCCUCAUCCCACCACAAAAGUUACCACAUAAGGUUUUCUUUGUAUAGAAUAUUUAUUUUGAAGCUCUAUUUUAAUAGUAUUUAUUUUAGAAAGUCUACUAUUGUAAGAGUUCUUCUGUUUGUGAAGAAAAAAACAAGUUAAAAACUGAAUGUACUGAUCUAGAAAAUAUAUAUAAAUAUAUAUUGUUAAAUAUA